AUGGUCAAAGCUGCGAUCGAGCUUUCAAAGGAAGAAUCCAAGUCAACUGCUCCAAAUUCUACCUCCGCCUCUCGUCCAAUACGCUCCAGUUCCACCAAGGUGACAACAUCCAAGCAUCGAAACAUGCUAGCAGAGAUUGACAAGGAAGAUGAUCAAGACUCGGAUUUUGAAGUCAAGUUUGACCAAGACAACCGCUCUUCCCUUUCGACGCUCGACUCAGACUCUGAUAGCAGCGAAGAAAGUGACAGUGAUGCCGAUAUCCCUGGUCAUCAACCUACGAAGUCUGCUCAGACUACAGUUGCCCCCAAAAUUCGACGAACCCGUCGCUCUGUCAAGAUCCCCAAACACUUGACGUGGUGGCAAAGAAAUCAGAUGAAACUCGAGGCCCAUCAUCCGGAAUUGAUCAAUGUCUGGGGGGAUCUUAGUCAGAAGGUCGAAGUGGUUCAACCUUCGAAAGCUGAACAACCUGAUGGUCUUGAGUUGACGCUAUUACCAUUUCAGCUGGAAGGAUUGUACUGGAUGAAAAAGCAAGAAACCGGGCCUUGGUCUGGCGGAGUACUUGCCGAUGAAAUGGGCAUGGGCAAAACGAUUCAAACAAUUGCACUGAUCCUGUCGGAUCGAGUUCCCGGCCAUCGAAAACAGACAUUAGUCAUCGCGCCUACCGUUGCCAUCAUGCAAUGGCGUAACGAGAUUGAGAAAUUUGCCAAGGGUCUCACCGUGAACGUUUGGCAUGGUGGAAACCGUUCGAAUGCCCAAGAGGAGAUGGAAAACUUCGAUGUCGUCUUGACUUCGUUUGCCGUCUUGGAAUCUGCCUUCAGAAGACAAAACUCAGGUUUCCGGCGCAAGGGACAAAUUAUCAAGGAAUCGUCUUUACUCCAUCAGAUCAAUUGGCACCGUGUUAUUCUAGACGAAGCCCAUAAUAUCAAGGAUCGAUCCUGUAAUACCGCCAAGGGAGCUUUUGAGUUGAAGGCCACAUACAGAUGGUGCUUGAGUGGAACACCACUCCAAAAUCGAGUCGGUGAACUUUACAGUUUGAUCAGAUUCCUAGGUGCCGACCCGUUCAGCUACUACUUUUGUAAACUUUGUGAUUGCAAAAGUUUACAUUGGAGCUUCUCGGACCGAAGGUCUUGCGAUCAAUGCAAGCAUUCACCCAUGCAGCACGUUUGUUUCUGGAACAACGAAAUCUUAAAGCCCGUUCAAAAGUAUGGCGCGUCCGUCGUUGGCAGUCAUGGUCACACCGCAUUCAACAAAUUGAAAGUAUUGCUCGAUCGAAUGAUGCUUCGACGAACCAAAUUGGAAAGGGCUGAUGACUUAGGGUUACCACCCAGAGCUGUUUUAGUCAGACGUGAUUAUUUCACUGAAGAAGAGGAAGAGCUCUAUUCAAGCUUGUACAGUGACGUGACACGCAAGUUCAGUACGUACGCUGAUGCUGGCACAGUACUGAACAACUACGGGAACAUCUUUCAGUUGAUCACCCGGAUGCGACAGAUGUCAAAUCACCCUGACCUUGUCCUAAAAUCUCGCGCUGCCCAGGCAGCAUUCAAAACCAUCGGCGAUGCAAACGCGCCCAACACAGACCUUAAUCAAUUGACUUCAAUACAAACAUGUCGUAUAUGUCUCGACGAAGCAGAAGAUGCAAUCAUUAGUAAAUGUCGACACAUAUUUUGUCGCGAAUGUAUUCGACAAUAUCUAGAAACGGCUACCGAGCAGGAGCCCGAGUGUCCAGUUUGUCAUCUACCAAUUACCAUCGAUCUGUCCCAGGAUGCCCUGGAAGACGAAAAUAUGGGCUCUAAAGCCAGACAAGGCGUCCUAGACCGUUUAGAUCCUGGCAAGUGGAGAACUAGCACCAAGAUUGAGGCUCUAGUAGAAGAAUUGAGUAAACUCAAUCAAUCCGAUCAUACAAUCAAGUCCAUAGUAUUUUCACAAUUCACAGUAUUUUUAGAUCUAAUCGAAAGAAGAUUACAAUUGGCAGGAUUCAAAUUGGCCAGAUUGCAAGGAAACAUGACGCCUGAAGCAAGGAACCGAACGAUCCAAUACUUCAUGAACAACAACGAUGUCCAAGUAUUUUUAGUAUCACUUAAAGCCGGCGGUGUCGCCCUCAAUCUUACCGAGGCUUCCAGAGUUUUCAUUAUGGAUCCUUGGUGGAACCCAGCCGUUGAGCUCCAAGCUAUGGACCGAAUUCAUCGUCUAGGUCAACACCGGCCGGUCGUGGUGACCAGGUUGAUCAUCGAAAAUAGCAUCGAGUCUAGAAUCGUCGAGUUACAAAAGAAGAAGGAAGCUAUGACAGGAGCCGCCUUGGGUGAUGAUGAUCAAGCUUUAGGUAGAUUGACACCUGAGGAUCUCUCGUUCUUAUUCACCCUGUAG